AUGGCCGAGCCAUGGGCAGUCUCUGACGCUAUCACAAAUCGGCUUUGGUCAUUUGAAGCCAUGGACGCAGACCUAGAAACAGAACUACACAAUUUGGGCGACCUGAAUAAGCAGUUCGGGAAUGGCUUCACAAGCUUCCAAGGCAGUGAUACUUUCAACAUCUCGGAAGAGCUUCAGGCUGACGACACGGCGUUCUUCACAUUUCCCGACGAUCAUACUCUUGAAGUCCCGUCGCUCACUCUUCUCAACGCUGCUAUGAGAGUCGCCCAGCAGCUGAACGUCUCUGAUAUUAUCUGGGACAUGACAGCAAUAAGCCCUUUCUAUCAAGGGCUACAUCACAGUGACUCCGAUUCGUCACUCUCGCCACCAUCCCUGGAUUCCGGUCUAUCAACAUCUAGACCAUCGCCCACAAACUCCAGUUUACAGAUGGACCCCAAUGAGCUACCUUUGCAUCUACAGCCAACGAGAACACAGCGUCUCAUUGCCCACCAUCCGCUGCUAGACCUUCUGCCCUGGCCCAGUACCCGCGAUAAAAUGAUUCAAGUUUUCAAUCUCCCCGUCCACAUGCGACCGAGUAAUGCACAGGACCCGAUGGGACUUGUUCGGUUUGUCUAUGACAUGGAAGACGAAAGUGGAGAAGGGGUCUUGGUCACUGGGCAGAAUCCGUUUGAGCCCGGAACAUGGGAAAUCGGUCAACUACUUUUUGAAAAGUGGUGGUGGGCAUUCGAUACGGCUGUUGUUGAAAGCAGCAACCGUUCUAGGAAGAAUCGGGGAAAGGCGAAGCUAGUAAUACGUGGAUAG